UCUAUUUGGUCAAACGAUUAUAUUCAAUCACUCAGUAGUGAUUAUGAGGUGACUAUUAUAACAUCCGAAUUCAACACAUGGUUUGCGGGAUAUUUACUUUGCAACCAUGAGUUCAAAACACACGUGGUUGAGACAGUUCCCGUUAACCGCCCUAAAAAAAUUGAAUGAUGAUGUCAACAGUUGGAAUAAAUCAAUCUUUCUAAUAAAUGUUUAUUUAUGCAGGGGACUGAAUGUACAAAAAGGAUGAAUGAGCUGAAGAGGCAUAUGAAAAUGAUGCUUGAGAAGGCAGAGGAACCACUGGAUCAAUUGGAGUUGGUAGAUAACUUGCAAAGACUAGGGGUGUCUUAUCACUUUGAGGAUGAAAUCAAUAGAGUUUUAGAGAUCAUAUACAACAAUAAUGGCAGUGAUGAUAAGUGGCACAAAGAAGAUUUAUAUGCAGCAGCUCUUCGAUUUAGACUCCUAAGACAGCAUGGUUACAACGUUCCUCAAGAGGUACUUAACUUCAGAGACAAUGAAGGAAAUUUAAAGUCAAACCUUUGUGAGGAUACGAAGGGGAUGCUAUCCUUGUAUGAAGCUUCACACCUUGCAGUGGUAGGUGAAAGUAUCUUGGAGAGGGCAAGAGAAUUCACCACCAAACAUUUGAAGGAGAAGCUUGAUGAGCAGAAAAUGGAUCAAAAUGUUGAUGUUUUAGUGCACCAUGCCUUGGAGCUUCCUCUACAUUGGAGGAUGCUAAGGUUGGAAGCAAGGUGGUUCAUAGACUUGUACGAGAAAAGACCAGACAUGAAUCUUGUAUUACUGGAAUUUGCGAAAUUGGACUUCAACAUAGUGCAAGCAACACAUCAGAGUGAUCUAAGAUUUGUCUCAAAGUGGUGGACUGGUACGUGCAUUGGAGAGAAGCUGACCUUUGCCAGAGAUAGGUUGAUGGAGAAUUUCCUUUGGACAGUGGGAGUAAUCUUCGAACCUCAAUAUGGAUAUUGUCGGAGGAUGUUAACGAAGGUGAAUGCGUUAAUAACAACAAUUGAUGAUGUGUACGAUGUUUAUGGCACCUUGGAUGAACUUAAGCUCUUUACUAACGCUGUGGAAAGAUGGGACAUUAAUGCAAUGGAGCAGCUUCCAGAGUACAUGCAAAUAUGCUUCCUUGCCCUCUACAACUCCAUUAAUGAAAUGGCUGAUGAUGCUCUUAAAGAACAAGGCGUUCACGUCAUUCCCUACCUAAGAAAGGCGUGGGCAGACUUAUGCAAAACUUUCUUACAAGAGGUAACGUGGUACGUGAAUGGAUAUACACCUACCUUGGAAGAAUACUUGGACAAUGCAUGGAUUUCAAUAUCAGCCCCAGUAAUGCUAGUACAUGUUUAUUUCUUUGUUUCGAGUGUGAUAACAAAAGAGGCCUUGGAAUGCUUGGACAAGUAUCAUGAUAUAAUCCGCUGGUCUUCAAUGAUUUUAAGACUUGCAAAUGAUUUAGGGACAUCAUCGGAUGAGAUGAAGAGAGGGGAUGUGCCUAAAUCAAUUCAAUGUUACAUGAAUCAGACUGGAGCUUCCGAAGAAGAGGCUCGCAAACACAUAACAUUCUUGAUCAGAGAGACAUGGAAGAAAAUGAAUGUAGCUCAAGUUGCAGACUCACCUUUCUCUCAAACUUUCAUCGGAAUGGCAGUGAACCUCGGCAGGAUGGCCCAGUGCAUGUACCAACAUGGAGAUGGACAUGCUUCUCAAAGUAGCGUGACCAAGGAUCGCAUAUUAGCAUUGCUUAUUGAGCCCAUUCCCCUUUGUAUAAACAAAUAAAAGUGUUGACGUCUGAGAAUUAUUUGGUUUAAGCCUGCAUAUAGAGUUCUCACCCAAAUUGUAGAAUUUUUAAUUAAUUACUGAAUAUUUAUUUCAUACAUCGAUGGUAAUGUGAUAUUAUCGUGGCAUUGAAUAUAUAGACCUCAAAUCCUAUGCCGCCGUAAUGUAAGAAGUGAAAAUUUUGUGUUUCGUUCUAAG